CCUCUUUCUGCCAGCACUGAGGGACUGAUAGAGAAGCAGAAUUACAAAGCUGUAUUAAAAGUUUCUCUUAAGAUCCUUUGCAUUCUCCCGGACUGUUUGGAGCUCUGUUUUUAAAACCCUUUCAGGAAUAUAUAGUGAGAUUCACAUCGGGGAUUACUUUCAAUAUUACAACAGCAGCAAACCAGUGAGAGACAAGACAACUUUGGAAAAUCCUUUUCAAAAGCUCCAAUUCUGCUUCUUUCUUCUGGAGGAACUAAUUGAAUAUCACACUCCACUCUGCCUUGUUGAGGCUUGCCAGGGACUUCAGAGGAUGAAGUCUGAAAAAAUUCUGUCUGGUUUUCCUGCAUCCUGAGGCACUGAGGAUUAAUCAGAUGCGUCCAUCAUCUGACUUUGUUUUUGUGUCUCCUCAGGAAUCUUCCCAUGUUUUUAAUUAAUGACUGUAUCAAACUUCAUGGGCACAGUAAAGAAGUUUCCCGAGAGGAAAACAUCAGACUAAGUUGUGAGCUCUCAGAAACAUCCGCAGAAGGCACUGCUCAGAUGUUCAAGUUCUUUUCCUUACAACACAGUGAGUCUCAUGUGAGUCAGGAGUUUAAGAAAACAUGAACAAAGAUCGACUGGGAAGGAAAUCGGUGCCAACUGGUUUCGGGCAUGGUAGGAGACACUCGUGCUUGGGUUUUGAUGUGGAGAAUGGCCUGUCGGUGGGUCGCAGUCCACUGGACUCUCAGACUAGCCCCAGUUCUGGUCUGGUUCUCCAGGCCAACUUUCCUCACAGUCAGCGCCGAGAGUCGUUCCUCUACCGUUCCGACUCGGACUUUGACCUUUCACCCAAAACCAUGUCCCGCAACUCGUCCACUGCCAGCGACCUGGAGGAAGGAUUGAAGCAUUGGGAAGUCAAUUGGCAGCCUCGACAUGGAGAAGACAUGAUCGUGACUCCAUUUGCACAGGUUCUUGCCAGUCUACGAACAGUGAGGAGUAACUUUGCUGCUCUGACACAUCUGCAAGACCGUGCUGGAAACAAGAGGCCGACGACCAGCAACCAGCCCCCCAUGUGUAAGCAAUGUCAUACAGAAGAGCCCUAUCAGAAGUUGGCGGUAGAGACGUUGGAGGAACUGGACUGGUGUCUGGACCAGCUGGAGACGCUGCAGACAAGACACUCAGUCAGCGAAAUGGCAUCCAACAAGUUUAAGAGGAUGCUAAACCGUGAGCUGACACAACUAUCAGAGACAAGCCGCUCGGGAAAUCAGGUGUCAGAGUUUAUCGCAAACACCUUCCUAGACAAACAACAUGAUGUGGAGAUCCUGUCUCCACCUCAUAAGGAGAAGGAGAAGAAGAAGAGGCCGAUGUCACAGAUCAGUGGUGUGAAAAAGGCAACACAAAGUCCCAACUUAGCAUCUGCCUGCAUCCCUCGCUUUGGAGUCAGCACAUCACAGGAAAACAUGCUUGCCAAGGAGGUUGAGAACAUUAAUCGUUGGGGUCUGGAUAUAUUCAAGAUAGCUGAAUUUUCUGGAAAUCGCCCUCUGACGGUUGUCAUGUACUCCAUCUUCCAGGAGCGAGACCUUUUGAAAACCUUUAAGAUCCCAGUUGACACCUUCAUCACCUUCAUGAUGACCUUGGAGGACCAUUACCACGCAGAUGUAGCUUAUCACAAUAACAUACAUGCAGCUGAUGUGGUGCAGUCCACCCAUGUCCUUCUGUCCACCCCUGCUUUAGAGGCAGUCUUCACGGACCUGGAGAUCAUGGCUGCGCUGUUUGCUAGUGCCAUCCAUGAUGUCGACCACCCAGGAGUCACCAACCAGUUUCUGAUCAACACAAGUUCAGAGCUUGCGCUGAUGUACAACGAUGCCUCGGUGCUGGAGAAUCACCACCUCGCUGUGGGCUUCAAGUUGCUCCAAGAAGAAAACUGUGACAUCUUUGAAAACCUCAGCAAGAAGCAGAGAGACUCCCUGCGCAAGAUGGUGAUUGACAUGGUGCUUGCCACAGAUAUGUCCAAACACAUGAACUUUUUGGCAGACAUGAAGACAAUGGUAGAGACUAAGAAGGUGACCAGUUUGGGAGUCCUGCUGCUAGACAAUUAUUCUGACCGCAUCCAGGUUCUGCAGAACAUGGUCCACUGUGCUGACCUGAGCAACCCCACCAAACCGCUGGAGCUUUACAAGAAGUGGACAGACCGCAUCAUGGUGGAGUUCUUCACCCAGGGAGACAGAGAGCGAGACAAAGGCAUGGAGAUCAGCCCCAUGUGUGACAAACACAAUGCCUCCAUAGAGAAGAACCAGGUGGGUUUCAUCGACUACAUUGUCCACCCUCUGUGGGAGACAUGGGCAGACUUGGUGCACCCUGAUGCUCAGGACAUUUUGGACACUUUGGAGGACAACAGGGAGUGGUACCAGAGCAUGAUCCCCCGCAGCCCAUCGCCUUCAAGCCCUGAGGAGCACCACACGGGGAUGGGAUCAGGAGGAGACACUGCUUUGGCAGCAGGAGGGAUCCUCCCUUCAGGUGGAGGGGUAGGAGGUGCUGGAGACAAAUUCCAGUUUGAGCUCACUCUGGAGGAGGAAGAGGAGGACGAGGAGGAACUGGAGUCUGAACUGGAGAGUCCUCUAGAAGAGGAGUCCCAGUCAGGAGGAGAGCGGCACCAAGACUCCUCCUCACCGUCUUUGUCCCCAGAUCCCCGCAGCAGCAGCAGCAGGUACCGUCCCCCCUCACCUCACCCAUCUCGGGCCCUGGGCCUGGUUGCCAUGUCUGUGCGGAACCCCCAACCCCACAGGACACUGUCCUUGCCAGGACAGGAGGGCACUGACAGGGACAGAGACCUGAGCCAGGAGGGCGAUGGGGUGACCUGUCUGCGUAUGGGAACAUAACAACCAGCACAACCUGCCCCAACCCAGAGAGACACGGGUGAUGGAUGUAGUGAGAUGGGGCAGGGCAGGCCUUAAACAACAAAGUCUGUAAAAUCACUACGGUCCCUUUACACUGGAGACACCCUCUCUGAUUUUAUAUUCUAGCAAGACGAAUCAUUUUAGCCUCUCUUUGGGGGCCCGAUUGGCCUUUUUUUGUCCCGUCCUGCUUUGUUGUAGCUUCAUUUCGGAGCAUCCAAGACAAAGACUGCUGCAUUCAAACUGGCUAGAAUGAGAAGUGAAGAAAAUGUCUUCCUCUUAAAUAACAGCUCAUGACAUUCAGACAUGUUCAGCAAAUGAGGAGCGCCAUGGUCUGACAGGGUCUUGGAUAUUAUUUUGCACCAUAGUUAUAAUUUAGGAUAUAAAAUUAUCGAGUCUGGUUGGAAUAAGUGAGUAUGAUUUUUUUGUUAAAGAAUGAUGUGAGUGAUGAAUCAUUUUCACAAAACACAUGAUGUAAAUGAGCAGCGAGAAAACGGAUGGACUUUAACCUCAGGGUAUGAAGAGAAACAUAAUGUAGCAUGGAUGUAGUGCCCCUCUACUAAUCCCAAACUGUCUUUCCUGUUUGUUUUACCUCCAGACCAGAGACACCUGAGACUUUGUUUCACCUGCGUGUCUCUAAAUGUAAUGAAAACCCUUUAAAUGAAAAUUUGGCUAAUGAAGCAAUCAAUUAACGUAUGUUUAAACCAGCUUGUAGCAAUGCAGAGAUCAAACAAUGAAGAAGACUGAGGUGCAGUCUGACACGUUGAAAACCCAAAAGACACCUCCUGUAUGAUCACUUUAUUUUUUUACCUGAGAUGAUUUUAUUGUUGUCAUUGUUUUAGGUCUUCAUAUGUUGAACAUUUGUUGGUUUUGUCUGUGUUUAUGUGCUUAAAAAGCAUUUUAUUAUUAUUAUUUUUUUUAUCAGGGUGCCUCCGGUCCACAGUAGCACUUUACCAUUUCUGCCCUUCUGCUCUUCUAUCCAGUCACACAAAGGGCUUCACCCACUGCAGGCCUACUGAUCACACAGACAACAACGGACACCAGAACCAGAAGGCAGGGCUGGAAACUAACUGGCCCAAAAUUCACAAAUGUUCUUAAACCAUUAAAAUGUCAGACUUUCUGUCAAUGGCACUAUAUUUGUUUUUUUAAAUCUUAAAUUUUAUUUUGAGAUGUGGGCUCACUUAAAAUGCGGUGUAGCUUUUGGCUGCUCUGUUUGUGAAUGUUGGCAUUAAUUAAAAGUAUCCUUUACCAGAACUUUAAAAGACAGUGCUGGCAUAGUUCUGUCUUUUUUUGUUGUUGGUAAAGCUAAUGGAAAGACCCACAAUUCUUUAGAACAUCCCUUUAUACUUUCUCUAUGGCUCUCAGUCCCAAAACUAUGAGUUCCUCCUACAUGCACCAUACAGAAAUACAACAGUUAAAUGGUAUAUUAAUUAUCCCGGGGUGAACAGAGAUGGUGUCACUCACAGUUAGGUUUUUCUGUGUGGAGUUUGCAUUUUCUCUGGUGUAUGCGAAGGUGUCCUUCAGGCGCUCCUGCUUCCUCCUACAGUCCAGAAACAUGCUAGUUAAUUGACGACUCUAAAUUGCUCAUAGGUGUGAAUGAACAUUUAACGUUUAGUUCCUCCUUCAUGGCAUUUCUGAUGGACUGUAUGUGAUUAGUGGCGGUGGCUGUUGUGAUGUCACAGAGCGGUUUACACACUACAAGGUUAAAGCGUUGAGUUGGCUGUUGGACCUUUGGCAGGAAGUGAACAUAUUUGGACCAUACUUUGAUGAGAGGCUUCAUACCUAAAGAGACCAAGUUCAGAUUCAGAUUAUAACACUAGCAGCACCUGGUCACUCAAAGCAGCAAAGUCUUCAUUCAUGCAGAACUGUAAGCCUUAAUAUGAGUGACCAUUAAAAAACACCUGGCUCUUGUGCCUUCACUUCAUUUUUCAGCCAUGGGGAUGCUGCUAGGUAUUAUACUCUGCCCCACAAGCAAAUUAAUGUGAUGACUAAUUUUUCUAUUAGUGUAGAGUCUAUAGGAAACGUUUGGCAGAUAAAAACAUGAACUUAACUGAAUCACAGCCCAAACUGAGCUUGUACUAAAGCUUUUAAUGUACUGCAGAGGUCGUAUAAUUCCAGAAAUAUCAUGACAUUAGUUUUCCGCCCUGCCCGCUGGUUUUGACAGAGAUCAAAAGGAGAACAGUUUGAGAUGUUUCUGACACAAAUCAACCUGCUGUAGUUCAAACUAAAGAGUCAUCUAUCAGGUUCUGGUCUUAUUUGUAGGAAUGUGCUUGACGGGGAUAACUGUGUGCCAUAAGUGUUGAAAACACACCAACACUUGCCAGCCUACAAUGCUGUAAAUUUUUACACUAGAGAUUUUAACCUGAUGAUUGUAUGGAAGUCACUGACUUUAAGUGUUAGUUUUUACCAAUUAUACAUGUAAACAGUAUUUAAGGAGACAAUUUAUUAAACUUUGCGAAACUUAGGAUCAUCUGUUCAUCCUUUUCUUAGACAAAAUAGCCGAGACUUGAGAAUGUGUGUAGUUUUCAGAAGUUCAGGACUCUCUUUGUUCCAAGUACAUGUUCAGUGUUUGUCACCAUCAUGCUAAAGCUUAAGAGACCAGGAAGAAGAACCACUACAUGAGAGAUGAUGCACUUCCUGGUCAGGCAGUCGUAGAGAACACUAGUCAUUCAGUUUUUUAUUAACUCAGAUAGUAAGCUUUACUGAGUAGCCUUACAUGUGAUGGGAGUGGUUGGAGGGGAUUGUUAAAGGACCGUUCUGCUGUUUUUAACAUGCUGUCACUCAUAGUAUCCAGCUCUGGAAAAGUGAGAAGACUACAAAAAUGACACACAUAAAAUGUUGAGGAUUUAUCAGGAUACAUUAAGAAAAUGCAGCAUUUAUUUAGCUGUGUUUAUCUUCUGUCCUUAGCUAAGUGCUGAAAUCCCUCAAAGCUUGGUGAUGUGGAUGCCAUGUAAACCUCAGCAGCAGAAGAGCAUUUGCUUUAGUGUGUCGGUCUUCCAACACUUUACCUCUAACACCACCUACAGGCCAAACGCCAUACAUACUCAGAGUCAAACGUUUGAAUGUAACCAGCAGAUCAUCAUGAAAGCUAAUGAAAAUGUACUAUGUCUGUAAAUAACCAAAAGGAAAUCCCUUUUAGUUUUCAAAAUAAACCACCAGAAAGGCAUGUAAUCUGUUUCACACAACAUUUUGUCCUGUGUGUUAAGACUGGAUAUUUUAGAGUUAAUCUUAAAAGUUGCUCUGCUGAAAACGUACAUUGAGCUUUGGGCCUUUAUAUCAAACAUAUCUCUUAGUAUUUUUUGGGCACAGUAAAAGUUCCAGUAUAAACACUGUGCUCAUAGACUUUCAGCAGCUUAGCAUUUGGUCUAAAAAUCACAUUUCCAAAAGUGAAAAUAUUUUGACUACAAAUGAUCAUGAAGUUAAGACAUCUAGCUACUUACACAUUAGUAAUUCAAGUAUUAAUAAUCCAUAUAAUGAUUAUAAAUAAAGCUGCAGUUAUUAAAAGAUUGGGUAAACAAAAAUAAACAGCAAUCCUCUAUGGUUCUGUGAGUUUUUACUUUUUAUGCCAUGGCCUUUUUAUAAUGUGGGAUUAACAUUUAACACUCUUCCCCCCAGUCUUCAGUGCUCAGAAGUUUAACAUCAGCAUGUUAAAGCAUCAGAGUGGCUCUUUAAGAUGACUUCAGUACCAAACAGUGUUUAUGUGUAAGAUGAGCAGCAGAGUCUCUGCUCUUAUCACAUUUCUGUGUUACGCUGAUUCUGCCUCCAUAAAUGUUCAAGCAGUCUCGUCGCCUCAGCUGUGUCGUGCAAACCUCUAUAAAAGAUAUUUAUUCUUUGAAACGUGUCUGUUGAGACAAAGUACUGUAACAUAGGAUAUUUGAUUUAAUGUUCUGGAGCCGAAAAAGUCGAGUCUACUUUAUGACAAGAAUGUAUACAUCUGCCACUCCAAUGUAUGUGUCAAAGAAAAUGACUAUUUUUGUUCCUCAUUUUAAGCCAAAAGAGUCUUGGGAGUUCAGGGUGUUUUAUGUGAAAACUGCCAAUAAAU